AUGUCUGUUCCAUUAACCAAGGUUGAUUCUGCCAUCGCUGGCUUGUCCAUAGCGGAUGAGAAGCCCGAUGCCGUUGAGAAGGAGGUCAAGGGCAAGAAGACUCACAAGCGAACCUCAUCAACGGCGGAAGGUAUCUGGAACAUCAAGGACCUCGAGGAGCAGAAGAUCGAGAUCACUCUGCCAAUUGAAACACAGAAGACUGGGUGGAAACUCAACACCUCCCCCUCAACCAUCGAGGACAAGGAUAUCCUCAAGAUGUUCCUCGUCAACCCCCCAGUCAAGAAGAUUGACCUGCAUUUCCCCCUCGGCCUGGCCGUCACCGCUCGGAACCUCAAGGGUGUAACGAUCAAGGAUGCACUAGACGCCAUCCACAAACAGUUCAAGAAAAAGGCGGAUGACGAACUGGAAAAGCCCUACCUCGCUGGUUUCGAGUGGGACAAGGAGGAGUGCUGGACUCGGUUGAUCGUGCACCAGAAGAAGGAGGGUGCACCACAGCCAAGCAAGAAGUCCAAGAAGAAGGCCAAGGAGGAGUCGUAG